AAUCAGCGCGGGGGGGCCAACCUAAUUUUGCGCAGGUCGAUGCCGAAACCUGGGGGUUUCUUGAUCAUAACAAUGAGCGAACGUGAGGAGAAAGGGGGACGCAUGGAAAACCCUCCUCCAACCCUCUCUUCUUGUCGCGCCUGAAGUCCAAAGAACCCUCAACCCGUGCCUUCCCCGGCUACCGGUAAAUUUGUUGGAUGGAUGCUGGCAUCAUGAACGGUGGCGCAUCAUCUGAUGAUAUUCUUCGCGAGAUCGAGAGGCUGGAGGGGGAAAAGAUGGAAAUCGAGAACCGAAUUCAUCUGCUCCAAGCGCAGCUGAACAGCAAGACUGCUCUUGAUGCUUCUAGAAAGGAGGAUGAGACCGCCAGCUGUCCGAAGCCCCCCGCCAAUUCUUUCCGGAAUGGUGAUGUUUCUGGUGAAGGCUUGAGAGCGGAUAUGAUCUACAGAUACAGCCGCCAUCUACUGCUCCCUGAUUUCGGUGUCGAAGGGCAACUAAAACUCUUGAAGUCUUCAGUCUUGGUGGUUGGAGCAGGAGGGUUGGGGUCACCCGUAGCUCUGUAUCUUGCUUCUUGUGGUGUUGGUUGCCUAGGAAUAGUUGAUGAUGAUAUGGUUGAGCUUAACAAUCUACAUCGGCAGAUCAUCCAUGUGGAAGCAUAUGUUGGGAAGUCAAAAGUGAAGUCAGCUGCUGCUGCAUGUCGUGCGGUUAAUUCUUCUAUCAAGUUGGUGGAACACCAAGAAGCUUUGCAAGCAGCGAAUGCUUUAGAUAUUGUGAGCAAAUAUGAUGUAGUGGUAGAUGCAACAGAUAAUCUCCCAAGUCGUUACAUGAUCAGCGAUUGCUGUGUUCUGCUGGGAAAGCCUUUGAUAUCCGGUGCAGCACUUGGCUUGGAAGGGCAGCUUACUGUCUAUCAUCAUAAUGGAGGUCCAUGUUACAGAUGUCUUUUUCCAACACCACCACCGACAGCAGCAUGUCAAAGAUGUUCUGAUAGUGGUGUUCUUGGGGUAGUUCCUGGUGUGAUUGGUUGUCUCCAAGCUCUAGAGGCUAUAAAGGUUGCUACUGCAGUUGGUGAACCCCUCUCUGGGAGGAUGCUUCUUUUCGAUGCACUGUCUUCUCGAAUUCGGAUUUUCAAGAUGCGAGGAAGAUCAUCACAUUGUGUUGUUUGUGGAGAAAAUGCUGUGUUCACACAACAAAACUUUCAAAAUUUUGAUUAUGGGUGCUUCACUCAAUCUCCAAUGUCUGAUAGGUCAAGCCCAAAGCUGAACCUGGUUCCAGAGAGUGCCCGGAUUAGCAGUAAAGACUACAAGGAAUUAUUUGAUAAGCGUGAGCCGCACGUACUGGUUGAUGUACGGCCAGCACAUCACUUCAAAAUUGCUGCAAUUCCUGGGUCUGUGAACAUCCCACUAUCCAUCUUGGAAGGUAAGCUGUCGACAAUUGAUUUAGCUCUAGAAGAAGCAGGACAGGUUUCAGGCAAACAUGCCUCCUUGUACGUAGUCUGCAGAAGAGGCAACGAUUCUCAGAGGGCUGUACAGUACCUAAACAGUAAUGGUUUCCCUUGGGCUAAGGAUAUAAUUGGGGGGUUGGAGUCUUGGGCACAAGAUGUUGAUCGAACGUUUCCUAUUUACUAGGCAGCUACUGCUACUGUAUCAGUCUCUCUCUUCCAUGAGUAUUUAUUCUGCGUUGAUUUGUGGCUAUGGAUGGAGAUGAUAUCAUGGAUGGGUUCAUGAAGAUCUCAAAUUCAUACAGAGGCUAAGACAUUCUGCAUAAAUUUUGCAGGUGGAUUAAAAGUGCCUUCUUUUUGUCGAGAUAAAACAAAUAUCUGUACUCAACAUGUGUAGUACUGCAAGCAACAAUUCUAAAAAUCAACCAAAGUUGUGAAUAAUAUAUAUUUUGUUUACAGGCAGUAAAAUCUAUCACCAGUCUCCAA